GUUCUUAUCAAUCGGAAAUGGAAACAAAAUGGCGAUCACUUGACAGAAACAACACUGGGUCAGAAACUUAGCCAAAAGAACUCGUAAAGAUGAGUUCAGUGGCCCAGAUGUUAAGACAAGCAGAGGCCCUCAAGGCAAGUGUAUCUGAUACCAGUAAAACCAUAUCCGAAACGUGGGUAAUGAGACAAAAACUUGAAGAUGUUUACAAGAAAAUUCUCCUUACAGACCUGGAGUAUGCUCUUGACAAGAAAGUGGAACAAGAACUAUGGAACCAUGCUUUCAAGAAUCAGAUAAACAACUUACAGUCUCAGGCUAAAGAUAAACAGAAUGUCAAGAGAGCAGAAAUUCAGGCCACACUUAACUUAUUUUUGGAGACAGCCAGUGGUUUUUAUCUUCAGUUUCUUCAGCUUCUGUGUACCACGUUCAAACUGGAUCUGCCCUUCAGGAGAAAAUCAGCUUUCUAUGGUGUCAUGAAAGAGAGAACACCUAUGAAGCUAAAAGUAACUCCACCGAAGAAGAGCUCCUGUUUAUAUGUCUGUCAGCACUGUUUGGUACAUCUUGGGGAUAUAGCGAGGUAUCGACAACAGAUUGAUCAAGCUCAAACAUAUUACUGGCAUGCUGCAUAUCUAGUACCAUUUAAUGGUCAACCAUACAAUCAGUUAGCGAUUCUAGAGGCUGCCAAGGGGAACAAACUCUCAACCGUGUUUUACUAUAUCCGCAGUCUUGCUGUUAAAGUGCCAUUUCCUGUUGCGGCUACCAAUCUUGAAAAACUCUAUGCAAAACUUACAAAAGAAACUCCAGAUUUCAAAGGGAAGUUAUCUGCCAGUGAGAUGAUUACAGGUUUUCUACAGUUCCAUGCCUUAGUUCAUCUUUGUACAGAUCUGAUAAAAGCAGAAGAACUCUCUGAAAAAUUGGCGGCAGGUCUUCCAGCACAUGUGACCUCACAAAGUUUUCCGUGGCAAGUGCUGGUGCACAUUGUGGCAAUAAACAUCUUUGCCAUGAAUCACGUGCAUCACAUGUCAGAUGGUCAUGAAGAUUCGGGAAUGACGAAUGGGGACUCAGAUCUUACUGAUGACGAGGAAAAAUGUUUCAAUCUUGUGUUUACAUUGACUGUGAAUAUGAUGGACAUCUUGCUACAGUACACACCAAAACAGGAGCACAAAGUCUGUGACUAUUUCACUCUUCCAGCGGUCAAACUGCUCCUCGAUUGGCUCAAACUGAACCCUCAAAACUUUGAACGACCUGUCCUCAGGAACUCUCCGUUGUGGGGUAACUUGUGUAAGGUGUUAAACAGUAUUCAAGCAUGGCAGAUCAAAGAUGGUGAACAAGACUUAUCUAAAUAUGAAGAUUUACCACUUCCAGAAGAUGCGGAAUUGCGAUGUUUUCAGCCAAUAGAAAAAGCUCAAAGUGGGUGCAGUUACAGUAAACUACCGGCAGAGGGCCUGGCAUUGGAUGUCGAGGUGCGUCUCCGAUGUCAUAGAUUAUUGGAACAUGGACAUUGGAUAAAAGAAGAACAACCUAGUGUACAGUUGUCCGUCAAGCCGGGCACAACAGGCUGUAUGCAGUUCAGUUCUCCUACCCCGCCCCCACAGAACAAGAUUACCAAGACUGUUACCCUUUCAGUACCCAGCACCCACACAAAUAAUACAGCUUUGCUAACAACUACAGCUCCAAGCCCCGAGAGAAAAUCUAACAGACAGAAUGUUGCAAUUCAGGCCAUAAUGCAGAAGCAGGCGGAGAGUACGGGUAAAACUGUAAAAAUAAAAGAUGAGCCAGCUUCGCCCAAAUACCUGCUGGGAGUACCGACAUCAGAGCCAUUGUUUUUCAAGACAGGCGGACAACGUCAACCAGGGCAGACGACAGGAAGUCAGAGCACACAGUCGUCACCAUCACCAUCUAAACCUGUUGGUCAUACUGGUGGUGUGUUAGUCAUAAAGAACCAGGACGAAAAAAAACAACAACAACAACAAAAGUGUCUCAUUGCUGUCAAAGAACAUAUGAGAAAGUACUGUGAUAAAGUGUAUGAAAAUUCUGGGAUAAAGUCUAUUCUGCUGGUUACACACAAACGUUACGGCCAGUUACGUGUCGACUUACCAAUUGUGCAAAAACAGCAAAAGGCAAAUUUUCUUUUAUUUUUCGGCAUGCCAUCUCACUCUCUAAUUUCUUUCCAUUUAAGAUUUGGUAAAGCUCGAUUUGAAAACAAUUCCAAGGCAAACGAGUCCCUGCCAAUCUUAUUGGACGAGGUGAAAUGUAGUGGGCAUGAAUCAACGUUGUCUGAAUGCAAGCACAAUGAUUGGGGAAAACAUGAUUGUGAUCACAGCGAAGUUGCAGCAGUAACGUGUUUUGCUAACAGACGUACUAAACAUGUUGAUGUUCUAAGUAACUAA